AUAUUUCAACGGAUGUCAGAUUGAAGAUAGAGUAAGUUUGUUUUCUGCUGCUCCAGAGACGAGUACACAGAGGAAUGGAUGCAGACAGCAGGGAAAGAAAUCUCGAUAUUAGGAAGAGCGUCCUGACAGUAAGAGCUGUUUGACAGUGGAACACAUCCCCUCAGAGUGUGGUGGUCUCUCCUUUGGAGGUUUUUAAACAGAAGCUGGAUGGCCAUCUUUUGGAUGAUGCUCUGAUUCUGUGUUCCCGCAUGGCAGGGGUUUGGACUGGAUAGCCCUUGUGGUCUCUUCCAACUCUGUGGCUCAAUAAUUCUAUGAGGUAGGUAGAUACAUAAUACAAUCAUUAUAAGUCAACAAUUUGAAAUACUGUAUAUCUAGCAAUAGCAAUAGCAAGUACACUUCUAUACCGCUUAUAAGUGAAUUAGCUCUCCCUAAGUGGUUUACAAUGUGUAAGGCAAUUGCCCCCUACAAGCUGCUUACUUGGUUUACUAACCUAUGAAAGGAUGGAAGGCUGAGUGGAACUUGGAGUCCUCCUCUAGGAUUGAAUUUACAACUCUGUGGCUGCAGUACCAGCAUUUAAUCACUGCGCUACCAGGGCUCCUUUUGCACCACCAGGGCAAUCCCUUAUUAUUUAUAAAUAUAUAGUAGGCAAAUAACAUUUUUUAUUCAGGGAGCUGAAUAAAAACAAAGAAAGGGAUUUUUCCUUUACUCUUUUGGUGUUGUAUUUUCAUUAGUGAUGUGCUUUAAAUUAAUAAUAAAUAAAUAAAUUCUUAAUAGUUUAAUACUAGCUCUAAUAUUGUGUUUUCACAAUAUUACAAAUAAUGUGUGCAAUGACAUACCAUGAAACACUGUGCUUCCACAUUUCAAGAAACAAUCAAGAAAUAGUGACGGUCAACUGUGCUGGCAAGGCCUGUGGAAAGCUGCCUCUUGCUCUUUCCUUUUGAAGGUUUCCUUCUUUCAACAUAGUAUCACCACUUCUUUCCAAGUGGAGGGGAAAUUCUGAGCUUGCUGAAGGGGUUGUCUGUGUCACACCUUCUUGAUUGCAACCCAUCCCUGAUUGAUGGAAAACCACGAGACAGUAUCAUACAUUAUGGAAAUGGGUUACAUGACAGCCCUAUCUAUUUGCAUUGUUUAUUGAAUCAUUAGUAUAAUUCCCAAAUCAUUUAAAAAGGAUCCCACAGAUGUGCUUCUUGCACUUUUCAUCUCAUCUGAUCACCUUUGGUCUGUUGAGUAGAGGCUACAUUUACAUCAGAAAACGAUCUACAAAAAACAACCAGAAACCAUGUCUACACCUCAGAUCAUUCUCCUGCUGGUAGCUCUUAUUGAUUUGAUUCUUGGUGGACUCAUCUCCAAUGGCUUUAUUGUGAUAGCGAUUAUCAGGGAAUGGACCAAAUCCAGAAGCCUUGUUUCCAGUGAAUACCUCCUUCUGAGCCUGGCUCUUUCCAAUAUCUGGGGGACUGUGUUAAUCACCCCAUUCUUCAUCAAUGACUACAUCACCCAUGUCUUCAUCAGCAAUUGUGGCUUAUUAAUAUUCUACCCUUUAGCUGACUUUCUUAUUAUCUGCAGAUUUUGGCUCACUGCUUGGCUCUGUGUCUUCUAUUGCAUCAAGAUUGUGAACAGCACCCAUUCCUUGAUCCUUUGGUGCAAACUGAGGAUAUCAUGGCUAUUGCCACGGCUUCUUGCAGGAUCUCUGGUUGUUUCCUUGUUUAUUGUCUUUUAUAUGUUCUAUUCUAUUCUUAGAAAACUCCAGUGCAUCACAAAAAUGAAUGAUACAAAAAUAACUCCAGAGAUGUUACUGGAUCGUACUGUUAAUACUCCUGAGGUCUGGUUUUUAACUGUUGGCUCUAGUACUCCCCUUCUUGUGGUCAUGCUUUGCUCCAUCCUAGUUGUUGCUUCACUCUGUAGACACGUCUGCCAUAUGAAAGGUAAAGAACUCAGUUCUACGAGUUUCCAAAGUAAAGCUCAUGUCAAGGCAGCUGGGACUGUGCUCUUCCUCCUAUUCCAUUACCUUUCGUUUUAUGUGGUGCAAACCUUGUGUAUGACUACACGUUUGGGAAAAACACAAGGGAUCAUUGCCACAAUAGUGGUGAUGGUGUACCCCACUGCUCAGGCUUAUGUCCUGAUGCUGGUUAACUCCAAGUUAAACCAGGCAGUUACUCAGAUGCUUCAAAGAAGAGAAACUUAGCCUCUAAAAACCAAAAUAGAUGAGUUACCCUCCCAUGAAUGUAACCCAGGUAUGCUGGAUUAAAAAACAAAAACAAACCCAGAACUUUUAUGGGGGUGAGGUGUGACAUAGCCGGAGAAGGACUGUCAUGUGGGGAGAAGAAUAUAUAUAUAUUUAGCCCAUUAAGUACAGUGACUGUUCAUUUGCCUUUCCUGGUCUUGAUCUUCCUCCGGUAGAAUUCUAGCUGCUUGCCUUCCAGAAUAUAGCCAUCUACUCAGCCACACUGCCCAGUUCUGGAGGCAAUGCAAGCAAGCAGCUGUCCUUGCUGGAACUCUUUUUCCAGAAGGCUAUUGAUCUUAGCAUUCUUUUUUUCACUCAUUGUACUUCUUCUGAAUUUUCUUUGAACACUUUUUGUUUAAGAUUUCUUCCUCUUCAGGAGACUACCUGGCACCCUUUUUGUGCCCAAGUGGUAAGACAUAAUGAGCUUCAUAUGCAGUGGGCACCACCAGAGAGGGAUUGGUAUCUCCAGGGACAAUUGCACAAGUCCAAUAAGAUUAGGGGGGAGGGAAUGAAACCCCUGCCAUAAGAAGAGGAAUAUGAGUAAUAUCCCAUAUGAGUUGAAGCAACUGCCUGCCAAUACUAAAAUUGGUCUUUGAAGAAUUCACACAGUAAGAGCACAUGGUGGGAAAGUUUUUUUUAAAAACAACAACAAACAAAAAAACAAACAAAAAACACUUUGUCAUUGAUUUAUCCUGAAUGGAACUAGACACCACAUAUAUCUGCUCUUUGCAAUGACAAAAAGCCUUUAAUUGGUACAAACUGAAGUCUUGCUACAGUCUAGAAUACCAGAAGGUUGGUGGAGGUGGGGUGCUGGCUCGAAUGUGGGUCAUGAGAGGAAUGAAGACUUCAAUCUCCCUUCCACAUGCCAUAGCUCCAAUCUGGCUCAGGGUCAGUCUAGCUUUGGUUAGUUAAUAUUUUAAAAACCUUUUGUGCUAUGGGAAACUGCUGGACAAGAAAUGUGUUUAGCUGGACCCUCAGUAGCUCACCCACCUGAAAACAAACAGCUAUCAAGAUGCACUGAUGGACUUUGUUUUUCCUAAAAGCAGCAUAACACUCCAUUAACUUAUGUGAGUUCAGCCAAUGAAUUAGAAGUGCUAGCCCAUGUUUCUGAAAAAUGUCAUCUGUGAACUGAUGUAGAGGGGACAAAAAUAUUGAGGAGAAACGUGACAAACUGCUACUCUUAAAAGUUUGUAACAGCAGAUUUCAUACUUUUAGAUAUUAUGACAGCUACCAAUUGCUUCCACAGAAAGCUAAAUGCAGAUUUGUGGUGUGUCCAAAUGUGCUGGUGAAAGUAGGCCAAUUGAAAAGUGGCCAAAGCCCAGGGCAAC